UGAGGGUUGAAAGGCUCUUUGUUUAUAUCCUUAUUUGUUCAUUUAUUUUUGCAAGCAUGUCUUCUCGAGCUGAAAGUGCACGUCCACGUCCUCCAGGACCCAAAAACUUUACCGAAUGGUAUCUUCUUUCUUAUAACCAAGUGUCUUUACUGGGUUGGGUUUGGAUCUUGUUCAUGACAUGGACCGAACUAAGUGACCAUGACUGGGACUAUCGAGGUGUUUUUAACAUGGUCUGGCCUUCAUUAAACAUGGUUCAAACUUUUGCUGUCAUGGAGGUUGUUCAUUCUAUGUUUGGUUUAGUACGUGCUCCUGUCAUUACCACUGCCAUGCAAGUUGCUUCUCGUCUCUUCUUGGUGUGGGGAGUCAAUUACCUCGUACCCGAGAUUCAUUCGCAUUGGUCUUUCACCACCAUGAUGUUGGCUUGGUCUGUGGCUGAAAUUGUGCGUUACAGCUAUUACGCGCUUCACUUGUCUUCUGGUGUACCCGGAUUUAUUUCUUGGGUUCGCUAUCAUUUCUUCUUUGUGCUGUAUCCUUUGGGCGUCUUUUCUGAAUUGAUGAUGAUUUAUCAAGCUUUACCUUUUGCACACAAUGUUCACCCAUUGUAUUAUUAUCUCCUCGUUGCAGUGGCACUUGUUUAUAUUCCAGGCUUCCCUGUCCUGUUUUCGCACAUGUUGGCUCAGCGUAAAAAAUAUAUGAGAGGGGAUUUAAAAAAGAAGGAAUAAAGAUAUAGAGUUUUUUAAAAGACGAUAUCAAUGAUGCCACCUGUAUUGAUGGAAUAAGAAGCUUCACUUUCAGGCAUAUCGGGAGAAUCAAACAAUUUGGCUACACGUUCAUCUCCUCUACCCUUUCUCAAAUAGACGCGAGUAGACGAUCUAUGACAAAAAAUAAUUAAGCAAAGAGAUAAUGCAGUUUAAUCUGAUACUUACGCGUGUGCCAAGACAUGACCUCC